AUUCGUGUAUCGGUGUUUUUCUGCGUUUGUAAAAUUAGUGAAUUUCGGUGUCGUUUUACGGAAACAGGAAUUCAAAUUCUGUCCAUCCCUCAUUAAAUCCACCAUGAGGCAAUGGCGAAGUUUAGUAGUGCAGCAUUAUUCGAUUUGAAGGAUCCGCCACCAUGGCAAAAUUGCUGCUACUGUAGCAGUUCUUCUUCCCCGUUGUCUUCGGUGUCGUCAGCCACGCAACAGCAGGAACAACAACAACAGCAGUGGAAAACAUCCGACGGAACCCGCUUCGAGGUUCCUGUUUCGGGAUCCAACAGUUCCAAAGUGGCCCCCAAUAGUUUGCAGCCAACAACGGCUCAGUCAUUGAUCGUGUUCAAAACACCAGCCGAUUUCGUAAGGCACCUGCGACAGCAUCACUGCACCGUGGAGGGUGGAUCGUACGUGUGCCGGUACGGCUACAAUGGCGUCUGCUCGUCGCUGCCUUUGGACGGGGUCAGCGAUCGGGACUACGAAAUGCAUGUGCAUCGCUGCCACGUCAAUCAGCAGCAGAAGGAAUCCCAAAUAAAAUGGUCAGUCUUUUCGGCAGCCCAAAAUUUACCGGCGGUGCUGAACGAUCCCAGCAGAAGCAAGCAGACCAACUUUUUCACCAAGAAGUGGGGCGAUAACUUUGUGGAACAGCAAUCGACCGGAACUAGUUCUCAGCUGCCGGAAAUCAAGUGGGAUCAUUUCGACUUCUAUCUGAAACGUAUCGGUAAACGGUACCGGGUACACACGAGGGUUUCAAAAACGGCCCUGCCACAAGUUGGAGCUAGUCAGCAAAACCAGCAGCCCAUCGUGAGUGAUCGUUUGCCGAACGGGGGCACUGCAAACCUAAAAGACAUUCCGGAAGUGUUCUUGACACAGGACAUGAAACUUCACAGUCCGGCUUCAUUUGCUGCAGUUUUUCCUGGCAUCGGCAACGAUGGCGAACAGGCCAAACAGUCGAGUAGAUUGCUGCAGGAAAAACUGAGUCAUUACUUGGAUAUCGUCGAGGUGCUGAUAGCAAAACAGGUCGCAGAAAAAUCGUCGGCCUUCUUCCAUGCCAUGACUUCCCAAGACGCCAUAAUGGAGCAGAUGAGGGAAGCGGUUGCGCACGUGUCUCGUCUUCGGAGUCGCUUAAAACUGUUGGACGACACAGUCGUUCGGGAAUCGCUACAGAUCAUGAGCCUGGAGCGAACCCGUUCCAACAACAACCUGGUGCUGGAACGACUAAAGCUGAUGUCCACUGUCCAUCAAACGCAACCGAUGAUCCAACUACUGCUGAGCACUCAAGAUUACGUUGCGGCUCUCGAUCUGAUAGGAACGACGCAAGAAAUCUUGAGCCAGGAGCUGGUCGGGGUGCAUUGCUUUCGACAUUUGCCAUCGCAACUGAACGAGAUGGAACGGUUGAUUGACAAAAUGCUGACAACAGAUUUCGAGCGUUACUCAACGGCAGACUUGAAUCGACCGUUGGCUAAAGAAAAUGGUUUUGAGGCGGUUGAAAAAGUUCUGGAGGAAGACAAACUGAUAUGCAUUAUAUCAGGACUAUUGAGAAAAGGCAGUCUGGAUUUCAUAGACACUUAUAAAGAGGAAGCUAUCACUACAGUCAGAGCCGUGGUGAAGCAAUUGGUUAUCGAAGUCAUUGCAUCAGGAGAGGCAGAGGUUUGUUUGACGGGAGCAGGUGAAGAGGCACAAAGUCUGUCGCUUUCCGAAUGGAUUAUUCUAUUAGAAUCGGCCACUAUCACUCUGCUAAAGCUGCUGAAGCGGGUAAGAGCCGUGCAUGACGUGAUGCAGCAGACGGCCGAUGCCAGUGCCGGUAAACUUACUGACGAUGUGACAUUUAUGGACACGGAAGCGUUCUUGAGCAGUAAAGAUCAUGAAGUUGUACAGACAAAAUUGAGUAACUUGCUGCAAAGCGUUUGCAAUUACUGCCACGAACGAUGUGCUAAUCUAGUAUCUAAUCAAAGUUUGGAAAAAAGUUCAGUCAGUGCCGAGCAGAUCCAACAGCUGACGGAAAUUGUCGAACGGUUUAGUGACGGUUGUGAAAAGGUUUGUGGUAUACAAAGUGUCCCGCUGAAGAUGGCUUUAAGGACACAGGGUAACCGUUUCGCUCAGAAAUUUCACUCGGAACGUAAAUCAAAGCUAGCCCUACUGCUAGAUAGUGAACGUUGGAAACAAGCAGAAGUUCCUACGGAAUUCCAAACAAUGGUAGAUAAUAUUUCCAAAGGAAAUUUCAUGUGGCGUACCAAAGUUGACCAAAACGGAGUUCCAGUGAUAUCGAAUGCACCUCAAAGUAUGCUUUUAGUAGAAGGCAAGCCGUUUGCUUUGGUUGGCGCCGCUUUGCUAUUGGUACAGAUCGUUGGGGAAUAUUGUCGUUGUGCCUCGCAACUGCCCGUGGUUGCUCCUCAACUUUCGUGGAAUGUGAUUGAUCUCUUACGAACCUUUAACUCUCGUUCCUGUCAACUGGUUUUAGGGGCAGGGGCCUUGCAUGUCGCCGGUCUAAAAACUAUAACCAGCGGAAACCUUGCUUUAGUUUCACGCGCACUUCAACUAGUCCUAUGGCUUUUGCCACACGUUAAAAGCCACUUUCAAUCUCUGGAAACCAACAAUCAAACCUCAUCCACCAACAUUUUAACCGGGUAUGAUUCCGUGGAAAAGGAUUUCGCUUCCCACAUCAAGGAAAUCGAAAACAAAGUGCUAGUGAUCAUAUGCGAUGCAGUUAGCGGUCAAAUGGCGAACUGGGACGCCCGACCACCCGUUCCGUCGCAAUCGUUCCGGAACAUAAGCCGCCAGUUUGUCAAACUACACGAAGCAAUUGCACCGAUUCUUCCAGAAAAGGAAGUUGCCACCAUCUACAGGGUAGUUCACAAAAGUUUCAAAGAUAAACUGCGGGAACAGCUGCUGCGGAACAACAUCGUCAACAAUGGAGGACCGCAGCACGGUACAGUCGUUUCGGAGCUGACGUUCUACAUGGAAACAUUGAAGGCGCUAAAGGUUCUGCCGGACGAAGAGCUUAGUGACGCAACGCUGAACGACAUUUGGUUGAAAUAAUUUGCUAAGAGUUUGGUCUAGAUUUGAAUGAAGUUGCAAGCUCAGCGCCCGUUGUGUCGCUGGCAUCUCGUGUCAUCAUGUGUUCCAGCCGAGUCCGCCGCUGACUGCCCUCCAAUUGUUUCAGGCGGCGCGCAUUCUUGUGCCACCGCCAGGCGAUGAGGAUGAUGAUCACGGCCACAACGAAGAGGCCGUCGAUGGUAUAUCCUAGUACGUUGUGUGUGGAGAUGUUGUUCUCCACGGUGACUUCUGCUUCAGUUGAAAACGACCACAUCUCCGAUUUCUGGUUGCUCGAGUGGCGAUCGACGAUUAAAUGAAUGCAACAUUGUUGCUCAGAGCUGCACCAAUAUGAUUGUGCAGACGCAUCACUUUGAGGUGUACGGACUAGUUGCCGAGUCUGGGCCAUGAUUUAGCCGUAUAUUUGUUUAUUUGUUUAUUUGUGUAAAAACCUGUUGAUCCUAAUGAUAGCUUAAUAAAAUAAUGAGUUACAAACAAGUUAAAAACUAGUUUAGUCUACACAGUCCUCGAUACCAUUAAAAAUUUU